AUGGGUCAAGAUCAAUCGCGGCAGGAAAAGUUUUUCGAUGCAUGUAGUUAUGGGAGAGAAUGGCUAGUUAAAGAAAUGAUUUCGGAAGGGAUCGAUGUAAAUUGGAAAUCUAAUAUUGUAUGUCCUUUCAACCGUUUUUAUACUUUUUCUCAGCAUGACUGCUGUCCGAUACAUGCUGCCUCCCAAGGAAAACCAGAAAUAGUCCGCAUUUUGAUAGAGGCGAAGUGUAACAUCGAUGCAAGAGAUAUAAACGAAAACACUGCCCUCCAUCACGCUGCCAUGUCAGGCCACUCUGACUGUGUAAAAGCCCUUUUAUCGGCAGGCGCGUCUGUCAACGUAUCAAAUAACCAGUUUUGGACACCUCUUACUAAUGCGGCUUAUUGGAAUCAUCCGGAGAUUGUCAAGCUCCUUCUUGACCGAGGUGCCGAUCCUUUUUGGAAAAAUAAAUACGUAAAGGCAGCAGCACUGAAGUCCAUUUUCUUGACUGUCCCCACAGUGAAAAAAAAGAAAUACAUAGCUAUUUCCCACUACGCUAAACGCAGCAUUUCACUGCUCAAUUCUCUACAAUGGCGUCAGCUGCGGAAACUUGCCACCGAUUGUGACGGUCGAAACCCAUUGCAUGAGCUGUGUCGCAGCAAGUCUGAGGACAAGGAAGGCCUCGUCACGUGUCUUCGGCUCCUGUUGGAUCGCAUGAAGGAGCUCGAGAAGACGCUCAAGUCGGACGAAAAGAAGCCGGUGACCCAGAAUGGACAUGCCGAGUCCAAUUCCACGCCCUCAAAGACCACCGUGGAGGGGCACUACAAGCAGAUGGUGCUGACGGACUGGGUUCCCCUCAAACCCGGAGACUCCUCGCUGGAACUACGCUCCUCGCCCACUAACGCGUGGGACUCUGAGUUUACAACACCGAGCAUCUAUUUGUUGUUGCUUGCUGCCUGUGCUAGGGUUGCUUGGCAACGUAAAAGGCGAACGGCACCCCAGACAACCCUCGCACCGACAUUCCUUGCCUCCUUGAAUGUCGCUUCGGCACUUAUUCUUGGGCAUCCGCACGGGCUGCUGCCUCGCCUUUUUACGAUUGUGCUUGCCGAUUUUACUCCCCUCAUCUUCGCGUCCUACCACGGCAACUGCUCCCUCGUGGAGACCCUUCUCGAGAUGGGCGCCGACAUCAACGCGGUGGACAGGUCGCGUCAGCUUGCCGUGGCGCAGACUCCGACCUGGCAUCUGAGGGAGUGUUCGAUCUACCUACCCCCAGUUCUCGGUGCUAGUGUUAACUUGGGAACUAUUCACGAUGGAACGCCAGUUUGCGUGGUUCAGGAAGCGAUGAGGCUUCGAAAAUGCUACUUAUGA